AUGAAUUCUAUUAAAAAACAAAGAAAGGGAAGUCAAUACAAUAAGAAUCUUACAAAGGAAGAGAAAAGUGUAAUAAUGAGUUAAUUAAACAAAAAAAGCAAAAAAAUCUCUGAAAUUGCAAAAGAAUAUAAUUUGCCUAGAUCAACAGUGUUUUCAUACUCAAAAUCUAAAGAACCCAUCUAUAGCCAAUUUUUAUCUGCUGUUUUAACAAGAGCAUAAGAAUGGGUUGACAAGAAUUUUGAGAUUUUAAAUAGUUUAAAAAAUGAACUUCAAGUGAAAAAAUAUAUUACAAAUUAUUUGUAGAAUGAAAGGGUGUUUGAGAAUUCCUCAGUUAAUCCUUUACAUCAUUUAAUUCCUUAAACUAAAUUGGAAUCUAAAAAGUAAAGAAUCUUUUAGAAGGUAGUAAAAGAGAUCUUAGAGAUUUUUAAAAAUAAAAAUGUUGUAAAAAAAGAUGAAUCCAAGGAAUAAUACUAUGAGAAGGACUAUUUUAAUGAAUAAAAUAUUUUUGAAGAAUCUAUUUUUAUAAGUUCUCAAGAGGAAUUUCACUAAAACAUUUAAACCUAAUGUCAAGAUAAAACUGAAGUUGUAGAGCAAUAUGAGCCAUUUAAAGCAUUUGACUACGAUAGCUAAAGUUAAUAUUUCUAUUGA